AUGUUUAGUACAACACGUAGACUAUUAUUUUCUUCCCAAAGGAAAAAGCUUUUAUUGACUGCUGUUACUGCCGCUACAGCAGUGACUCUUUACUCCUGUUCAUCAAAAAACAGUAUCAGAAACGAUGUUCUUGAAACUGCUGCUGCCAUUGAAGCUAUCGACAAAAAAAUUGUUGCUCCUCCCGCAAGAAAUGAUUUGUUAAAUAAAAUAUCUAAAACAAACCAAUUUGAUGUUUUGAUUAUUGGUGGUGGUGCUACAGGGACAGGUAGUGCUGUCGAUGCCUCUACUAGAGGUUUGAAUGUUGCCCUUUUGGAAAUGAACGAUUUUGCAAGCGGUACCUCUUCAAAAUCAACAAAAAUGGCUCACGGUGGUGUUAGAUACCUGGAAAAGGCCUUUUGGGAAUUGAGUAAAUCUCAAUUAGAUUUGGUUAUCGAAGCCUUGAACGAAAGAGCUCACAUGCUACAUACUGCUCCACAUUUAUGUAAGAUCUUACCUAUCAUGAUUCCUGUUUAUCAAUAUUGGCAAGUUCCUUAUUUCUAUGUCGGUUGUAAGAUGUACGAUUUAUUUGCUGGGUCUCAAAACUUGAAACCUGCCUAUUUGUUAUCUGCUUCUAGAGCCGCAGAAGUUGCCCCAAUGUUGGAUGCUUCUAAGUUGAAGGCUGGUUUAGUUUACCACGAUGGUUCUUUCAACGAUAGUAGAAUGGCUGCUUCUUUGGCUGUUACUGCUGUUGAAAAGGGUGCCACCGUUUUGAACUAUAUGGAAGUUAAGCAAUUGAUUAAAAACAAAGAAACCGGCAAAGUUGAAGGUUGUGUUGCUGUUGACAGAGAGACAGGUGAACGUUAUAACGUUAAUGCUAAAGUGGUUGUUAAUGCUACUGGUCCUUUCAGUGAUCGUAUAUUACAAAUGGACAACGAUAAAGAUGGGUUACCAAACGAUACUGCCAUAUUAGCCAAGGAAAACGCUCAUGCUACUGUUGCCAACAAAGUUGCCGUUGCCAAUCCAAAUAUGGUUGUUCCCUCCGCUGGUGUCCAUGUUAUCUUGCCAUCCUAUUAUUGUCCAAAGAACAUGGGGUUGUUAGAUGCUCAAACUGCUGAUGGGAGAGUCAUGUUUUUCUUGCCAUGGCAAGGAAAAGUUUUAGCCGGUACAACCGAUAUUCCUAUGAAACAAGUUCCUGAAAAUCCAACUGCUACUGAGGCAGACAUUCAAGAUAUCUUGAAAGAAUUGCAACAUUAUAUCAAGUUUCCAGUUAGAAGAGAAGAUGUGUUGAGUGCUUGGGCCGGUAUCAGACCAUUGGUCAAGGAUCCAAGAACUUCCACUAACGGUACCACACAAGAUUUGGUUAGGUCCCACUUUUUGUUCACUUCUCCAAAUAACUUAGUCACUAUUGCUGGUGGUAAAUGGACUACCUAUCGUGCUAUGGCUGAAGAAACCAUUGAUGAGGUUGUCAAAGUUGGUAAGUUUAAUGCCAAACCAUGUAUUACCAGAAAGUUGAAGUUGGUUGGUGGUGAAAAUUACUUGCCAAACUUUGGUGCCUUGUUAUCUCAAGAAUAUGGUAUUUCAAGUGUCAUGGCUGAAUAUUUAAGUAACAACUAUGGUUCCAGAUCGCCAGUGAUCUGUGAUAUGUUUAAAGAAGAUCCAUUGAAUCAAUUGCCAAUUGAAUUAGCCGACAAGGAGGAUCUUUCCAUUAAUAACGGUCACAUCAACUAUGAUUCUUUCCGUUAUCCUUACACAAUUGGGGAAUUGAAAUAUUCCAUGAAAUACGAAUACACUAGAACUGCUUUGGACUUUUUAUUGAGAAGAACAAGAUUCGCAUUCCUAGAUGCCAAGCGUUCAUUAGAGGCUAUAAAUGGUACUGUUAAGGUUAUGGGUGAAGAAUUAGGUUGGGAUGAAGCUAAGAGAGAACAAGAAGCUAAGGACGCCAGAGAUUACAUAAAGACUUUCGGUGUUUAA